AUAUAUAUAUUUUUCUGUUUUUCUGUCAAAAAUUUAACAAAAUAAUAUUUUUGACUCGCCGUAAAUGGAGAUCUAAAUGCAUUUUCUGUAAAAAUGACUACGAAUACACGUAAAGGUCCUAUUGUAGACCCUGGCUUAUGUCGAUGCUGUGGUGCUACGAAGAAAUGCCGUCUUCUAAACGUAGAAUACGAGUGGCUAGGAACAAGAGAAGUGUAUUCCGAUAUGUUUGUCGAUUGCUUCGGUUUACUUUUAUCUCACUUGGAGGGCGAGGAGUCGGAGCGCCUGAUCUGUGCAACGUGCGUGGUGCGGCUGAGGGACGCGCGCGCCUUCAGACAACAGGUGCUGCUGCGAGAGGAAAUACUGCUCAGUGCUAAUAUUAAAGUACAUGAUGAAGAAGAUUGCUGCACCAAUACCAUGAUAUUCAAGAGUGAACUAGAAGUCAAGGCAGAACCAGAAGACUGUACUCCAACUGAAGAACCUCAUCAAGUAGAUGACCAGCUAGCUAUAGAUGAUGGAAACCAAGCCCCUGAUGUUAAUUUGGAUGUUGAAAGUGAAGGCCAGAAUUUGGAUGGUGAGAUGGAUGAUACGUACCAACCGGAUGAGGAUAUUGAAGCGGACAAUGCGAGCGAUUCGUCAUAUAAAAUAAAAAAAUCACCAAAGAAGAAGAAAUUAAAGACAAAAACAAAGACUAGUAAGCGGAAAAAGGUGGAGUCUGAAUGUAGGCAGGUCAAGUUGAGGAGUAGGAACGAUGAUGUACAGGACCCAGGUCCAAAACCGUUAUCGCCACCUGUUAAAAGAAACAUAGACAACGAACAAAAAAUCCUCUUUAACACCAUUACUAUAGUAGAAAAUUCAUAUGUUUGUCCGUUCAACUCAUCGUUUAGUGACUACUUCUGUAUAUAUUGUAGGCAAGGACACACGGACCCAAACAGAUUACGCGAACACACACUAACACACGACCCAAAGGCAUUCAAGGACAUUGUUUCAAUAAAAAAACAAAUACAAAUCGAUAUAUUCAGAAUCGAUUGUCGACUCUGUUCAAACACAAUCGAUGACCUACAAUCGUUUAAAACGCACAUCACUAGCGCCCACGGCAUAACCCUAUUUGACGUUACAAACGAAUUUUUGAAGUUCCGUCUAACUGUCAACAAUUUGACGUGUAUAGAAUGCGACAGUAAUUUCGGGUUUUUUCACGCAUUAAAAAAACACAUGGCUGAACAUUUUGGCACGUGUAUUUGUGAUAUUUGUGGCGCUCAUUACUUCGAAGAACGCAUGUUGAUAUUACACCAAAAAACUCAUAAAAAAGUCGACCUAUGUUUUCCUUGUAAGGAUUGCGGUAAAGUAUUCAAAUCUAAACACAGUAGAUACUUACAUGAAGCUAAAAUGCAUAGAAAGGAGCCGGCCUACCAGUGCUACAAAUGCGACUCUGUAUUCUUUACAUAUUCUCUAAGAUAUAGACACAUGAUCGACACACAUGGUGAAGAACGUAUGUUCCCAUGCGACCAUUGCGACAGAGCUUACGACAGCCGAAAAUCUUUAAGGGAGCAUAACAGACGACAUCAUUUAAAGGUUUUAAAACAUCAAUGUGAUCUGUGCGAUAAACGGUUCUAUCUCCCGUCGAGGUUAAAAGAACAUAUGGCCACUCAUACUGGGGAGAGGAACUUCAGAUGUGAGUUCUGUGGUAAGUCUUAUCCGAGGUUAAGGGGAUUAAAUGUACAUAUACAAUCUCAUGUUAGUUUUAAAAAGUUCAAUUGUCUGAUUUGUAACGCUACUUUUACUCAAAAUUUCAAUUUGAGGAAUCAUAUGAAGAGGCAGCAUCAGAGUUUGAGCUUGGAUGAGGGGAAUGAGUAGGUUUUGUCUCUUUCUAAUUCGGAUGUUUGGUUAGUGUGGGAGUAGGACGGGAAUGCUACUGACUUGAGGUGUCAACUUAGAAGAAAAACAAAAAUGCUCGUCGUUAUGUCGAAAUAAAAUCUAAGCAAUAAAUAGUUAUGUCCAAGGCAAUUGGUAAAAUAUAGUGAAGUUUACUGUGUAAAUAAUAAAGGUUAAACAUUUUUUGCGCUGUCUAGAGGGCGCUACUGGCGAUUAUAGUCCUAUCAGCAUAAUCGCUUUUCUGUAAUGUCUAACUCUAAUGGAGUUGCUUUUGCGAAAGGCACGUUAGUAAGACUCGACAAUGAUUACGAUGAUAAUCGGUCGCUAUGUCAGAAAUUCUUGAAUAAGUUUUGAACUUUAUUACUGAAGAUUAAAGUUCAUAAUCUAUGAAAAUAUUUUUCACUUAGCGUCGAAAUUUUACUAUCAAUGUUAUCAGUUUUUUAAUACGUUACAAUACCUUUUAUUUUUGUAUGCGAAAAUGCCAACAAGUACCUAUAAAUAGUAUAAUAAAUAUAAUGUAGUACAUUUCAGUACCUACAAUCUUUUUCGGUUUAAUAUUUUUGUUAACUGGCAACACUAAGUCUUAGUGAAUAGGACAUAUUGUAACUUAAUCGAUUUAUUUACAAUGAAACG